UUUCGCUGUCUCCCAGCACGGACACUAAACAACACAGCGAGAUCUGAUUGUCUCUAUAACCCCAAAUUUAUUACUCCUCAUAAAGAACACCUCCUUCUUUCUCACUUUAAUUUUUACUAAAAUUAGUGAAAUUCGUUAGCAGUUGAGUUGUUUUGCUCUUAAUUUGGAUUAUUAUGGGAGAAUUAACGACAAUAAUUGAUGCUUAACUCUACAAUUUUGGUUGGAGAUCUCUCGCAUGGACUCGAUCUUGAGCCACAAUGGCUCUGCAAACCCCUCUCAUUUCCUCCUUUCCAUUUGCUUCGCUUUUAGUUUCUUCCCUGCUCGGUUCUUAUUGGACAGAUUCCUUUUUCGAAGGCUGGCCAUUUGGUUGUUGCAUAGUAAAGCCAGAGCCAUUCCAUCAAGGAUUGAUGAGGCAACAAUUGUAAAAUGUUCAGAAUCUAUGUGGAAGCUUACAUACUAUGCUACUGUUGAAAUAUGUGCUCUGAAAAUUACCUGCAACGAACCAUGGUUCAGAGAUACAAAAGAGUACUUUAGAGGCUGGCCACAUCAAGAAUUGAGGUUUCCAGUAACGGUUUUCUACAUGUGCGAAUGUGGGUUCUACAUAUACAGUAUUGCUGCCCUCCUUAUGUGGGAAACUAGAAGGAAAGAUUUUGCGGUGAUGAUGUCUCAUCAUGUAAUUACGGUUAUAUUAAUUGGAUACUCAUAUAUUACAAGAUUUUUCCGGAUAGGCAUGAUCAUCCUCGCCCUGCAUGAUGCAAGUGAUGUAUUCUUAGAAGCUGCUAAAGUUUUCAAAUAUUCUGGCAAGGAGCUUAGAGCAAGUGUUUUCUUUGGACUGUUUGCCGUCUCAUGGCUCGUACUACGUCUAAUAUUCUUUCCCUUUUGGGUUAUCAGAGCGACAAGCUAUGAAUUGGUGAAGUUUUUGGAUUUAUCAUUGGCCUACGACAAAUUAGUUUACUAUGUCUUCAAUACAAUGCUGCUGAUGUUGCUUGUAUUCCACAUAUACUGGUGGAUCCUGAUAUACUACAUGAUAAUGAGACAGCUGAGAAACAGGGGAAGAGUGGGAGAAGAUAUAAGAUCUGAUUCAGAAGAUGAUGAAUAGGUGGACGCUUUGAUCAACUUUUUUGUUCUCAGCAGCGACUCUGAGGAGAUUAGUUUGACUUAUAUGUAGGUUUGUAUCUUCGGUCUGUUGGUCUUCACCAAUUAGGUGAAUAAUUUACUUGUUUCAAUAUUGAUCAAUUCUUCAUGGCGUAGAGAUGAGGAGAUAGGACCCUGGUGCAAAUCUCUUGAUUUCUUUUUGGUGUACAAAUAAUAGGCAGUUCCUGUAUGAGAUCAGUCCAUAUAUUGUUAAAUGGAAAGUGGAAAAAGUAGCUUCUUAAUACA